AUGUAUGUCAAUGGUUCCCAUGAAACGGCUUUGCACUUCGCACUGGUCUCCUCCGUCUAUGAGCAAGCGGUGGACCUAACCAAGGAUCAACCUGGUAUCUGGAUGCUUGAAUCUGGCGAGGAUAUCUUUCGACCCAACUCGGCACCGUUACCUGUCUACCUCAGUUUAGAUAACUUGGAAGCGCCUCAUUCUGUCUUCGUGUUCAAUCAGAUCAUCUCACCUCGUGAUGCCUAUGUAACCUUUGUCGUCUCCAACAUCCAUGCCUGGGGUUACGAUGUCAACGUGUCUCUUGUCUCUAUAAUACGUGGUCAAGGAUUUGUUAAAGAAAAUCUGAUACCUCUCCCAGCUCAGCUUGAAGUGGCGCCAGCUGGUUUGCCUGAAGGCCAGUUUCUUUCAUCACCAAUUAAUUAUGGUUACGCUCCGGAGAUGGAGCACCCGCUUGGCGGUUCUCCAGCGUGCCUUCUGCGUAUCGGUCCCCUGCCCCAAUUGCCUGGGCUCUCGGUUCGUCAGCUACGUAUUUUCGGUCGUCCAGCUGAUCGUUCAUUGUCUACCUACAAACAGGUUGAAUGGGCGGUUGCGCAGCCUAGCCGAGUCCCUGUUUAUUUAUUGACAUUUAGGAAUGCGUAA